CUUCAAGAUGGCGGACGAUGGCAACGAUAAGGACAAUAAGCGCUUCAAAAGCGAACCUGGCAGCACGCUAUCUUGUUAUGCAGUGCGACUAAAACCAGGCCAGGAAAUAAAGGAUUUUCUGCUGAACUUCGUUAAGGUUAAGAAACUCGGGGCUCCCUUCGUUCUUUCUUGCGUUGGGAGUGUGACUCAAGCUACUCUUCGGUUGGCCAAUGCGUCGAUAGACACCCCGAAUGAGAUCAUUGAAGUUAAAGGAAGGCAUGAGAUUGUCUCACUUGUUGGAACACUGGCUGAUGAAGGACACCUUCAUGCAUCCCUUUCAGACAAAGAUGGCAACGUAAUAGGUGGUCACGUUAUGGGAAACAUGAAAGUUUUUACCACAGCUGAGGUUGUCAUUGGAAACUGUGACACAUUGUUAUUUACCAGAGAGACUGAUGAUGAAACUGGCUUUGAUGAACUUGUUGUAAGGGGAAAAUAGAAAGGCACUUUUAUAACAGCUAGGAGCUACUCAAGAUAAUUUGAUCCUUUCAGGCGGAAAUUUAUUUUUAUGUUAUGAUCACUGUAUUGAUUACUUCUGUCUCAUAACAUUUGUUUUAGGAUAAAACACACAGUUUUCAACAAAGUUUAUACAUGAUUAUUUGACCUAUACAAUUGUGUACAGCAUACACCCAAACAUUUGUUAAUGAUUAUAAAUACAAUGUAUGUUUUUACCUUUAAUGAUGUAUAUUAGAAGAAAAUUGUAAUAUAAGGAGCAACUUGUAAUCUUUUGUCUAUCUAUUACUUUGUAGAAAAGGCAACUAUUUAUCCUACACGCUGUUUUUAAGGAUUGCUGAACUGCAAACAGCCCUAGCAAUAGGCUCGAUUUCUGCUGCUCUCUCAAAUGCAGUCUUUCUCAUUCCUCUCUGAGAAGAGACUCUUCAGGAAGGAGCGCGGGCUCUGGUUCCCAAAUAGCAGCUGGUAAUUGAGUCUACCCUAGCAACUGAAAUCACUUUAUUUAAUAAUGGUUGACUAUUAACUCUCAGCAAUUUAGGUUUUCCUACAUCUUUGAGCUCAAAGAGGGAAACAUUACUUUGAUGGUAGAGUGGAAUAAAACUCAAGGUAUGUCUAAUUUAAGGAAACAUUAACAUGGAAAAGCAUUAGGUCAGAAGCAGUUUUUUUUUAUCAAAACAAGUAUAUAACCAGCUAUAAAUUGAACCAUGAACCAUGUCAAAUUAACCUCUCACAUUUAAUAAAACUUCCAGCUUUGA